AUGUCCACUCCUUUACUUCCAUCUUUUCGUCGCCAGCAGCUCGUUCUUGACUUUUCAAUUCUCAAGGACAACUGUCCCGAAGGCGUUUAUCUUUCACUCGUACCUGGGAAUCCUUCGCUCUGGGCGGCGGUCCUCUUCGUUCGAGAUGGCCCUUAUGCGGGUGCCGUCCUUCGAUUCGAUAUAACCUUCCAAGACUCGUAUCCUGCGGAGCCUCCUCGAAUCGUCUUCUCUAGCGAUAUCUUUCAUCCUUUGGUGGUGCCACAGACGACUUACACUUUCAGCGCAAGUGUAGUAGAUUCGACGACUAAUACCAUAAGUGCAUCGGAUAAUAACAGACUGAGGCCUGGCGAGUUCUGGUUGCGAUAUGGAUUUCCAUACUGGUUCCCGCAGUGGAAUGUUGCGUCUGAAGAAGUGGUUCAUGAUAAUGAUGUGAUGGUGAAGCAGCAAGCCUCCGGUCCAGGCUCUGAAACUGAUACCGUCGAUGAACCAGUUGGGCAACCUAGCGGCGACGAGGAAAUACAUGAUCGUAAGGGUCUUCUGCUAAAAUUGAUAUCCCACAUCAAGAGUGCCUUUGAAGAUGCCGACAUGUUGGAUAAGAUGCCACUCGAAUUUGCUGGAGAUCCCAGCGCAUGGCAUGCCUGGCGUGCUCAUCGAGGCCUUUCGAGGAAAGAAGUCCGCUCAAAGUGUCCGACUGUCGCUAAUGAUGGCUCACCGUCCUCGCCCAAAAAUCCCGGUGAAUGGAAGUGGGAUGGUGUUUGGGAGUCUCGUGUCAACAAUGGCAUUGAAGCCAGCAUAAACGAGGUGACGCUCUUCGGCAGUGCUGCUGGAGGGCGUGCAGGUAGGGGUGGUUCUGUGGAUUUGACAACCUUGGAUAUGCGCCAAAAAGCAGCCGCCAGUGCCCAUAGGCAAAUCCGAUUUUCAAAGCUUGAUGAUGACCAUUACCUUGAAGUGAUGAGGGCAAUUUCGAAGUCUACUACCGCCACGCCAACAUGA